UGUCUCAAAUAGGAUCCUAAUGAGCAGAGAGCUUAGACAGUCAAGACUGUGUAGUGAAGAGUCAAGAACAAAUAGGGACGGGGAUCCGCUUCUCCAUUCGAAUGGAUUUGGAGUUUCUUCUACACUCCCUGAUUCCUUCAUGGACUUCCGCUACUAUACUGGUGGUAUUUUUCACUUACUUGGCGAUUGCUGGAUCCAUUCUACCUGGUAAAGUUGUUCCCGGGGUAAUCUUACAGGAUGGAACUCGACUUCAUUAUCGCUGCAAUGGGAUGUUAUUGCUUCUUUUGCUGGUUGCGCUACUUGAGGUUGGUGCUAAGAUGAAUCUCAUAUCACUCACGGUCAUAUCGGACAGAGGACUUGAGCUACUUUCAGCAACUUUUAUGUUCAGUUUUCUAGUGACAUUAUAUCUCUAUGCUGCUGGUUGCAAAUCAAGCAGUCAGAGUUCCUCCCUAAAGGCUCAUGUAACAGGAAACCUAAUCAGCGACUGGUGGUUUGGAGUACAACUGAAUCCUCAGUUUGCCGGCAUUGACCUCAAGUUCUUCUUCGUUAGAGCUGGAAUGAUGGGAUGGCUAAUUAUCAAUCUAUCAAUCCUAGCAAAAAGCUUUCAAGAUGGCAUACUGAGUUGUUCAAUGAUCCUCUACCAGCUGUUCUGCACUUUAUACAUCCUGGACUACUUUUACCAUGAGGAAUAUAUGACUUCCACAUGGGACAUAAUAGCAGAGAGAUUAGGCUUCAUGUUGGUAUUUGGAGAUCUAGUCUGGAUCCCUUUCACUUUCAGUAUCCAGGGCUGGUGGCUCUUGGUUAACAAUGUGGAGAUAACAACAGCUGCUGCUAUAGCAAAUUGCUUUGUUUUUCUGAUUGGGUACAUGGUAUUUCGAGGAGCUAAUAAGCAGAAGCAUAUCUUCAAAAAAAAUCCUAAAGCACACAUAUGGGGUAGGCCACCGAAGGUUAUUGGUGGAAAGCUGCUUGUUUCUGGUUAUUGGGGAAUAGCGAGGCACUGUAAUUAUCUUGGGGACUUGCUACUGGCACUUUCCUUUAGUCUACCUUGUGGUAUAAGUUCUCCUAUUCCAUAUUUCUACCCCAUUUAUCUUCUUAUUCUGCUAAUAUGGAGAGAAAGAAGAGACGAAGCUCGUUGCGCCCAGAAGUACAAAGAAAUAUGGGCAGAAUACUGCAGAGUUGUUCCAUGGAGAAUAGUACCAUACUUAUAUUAGCACCAGAUCUUCUGGAAUAGCCCCUGCAGACUUUUUUUAGAAGGAACUUUGUCAUGUAUCUUGUUUCUGGUAGGUCUGAAAUUCAUUUCAGACAAGACAUUCUUGAAUUCUUUCAAAUCCAGAACUAAUUUAAGGCCCUUAAAAGCUUUAUAAUUUGUAUUGUCUUGGUAGCCUGAACAGCAAGUGAUUUGUGCAAGAUACAGAGUUAUGUUAUGUAAUCUGCUUGAGUCCCUCUUCCAUUCC